AUGGAGAUCGAGCGUCGCGAGGACGCCGACGCCGACGACGGCGACGGCGAACCUCUCGUCGCCACCGUCGACGCGACGGAGGGCAUCCCGACGCGACGCGCGCGCGACCUCGCGCGCAGGCUCUGGUACCUCGGAUGGUUCGGGCUUCCGCUGGCGUGGGUGUACUGCGCGUGGAUGUUCUGGCCGCACAUCGCGCCGGAUCCGCCCGACGCGUCCGACGUGGGGCUCACCGCGGGCGUCGGGGACGACGACGCCGACGACGACGGCGGCGGCGGGGGGGGCGCGUACCCGAGCGAACGGACGCGGCGGGAUCCGGUGGUGGCCAAGUACGCGGAGUUGUCGAUGCGAGGGGCCAAGAUCGCCGGGUCGGUGGUGGUGGCGUGGGCGGCGACGUUCCUGUUGGGGGGCGAGCGGGUGGUGGGGGAGACGCUGUGGAACAGGUGGAGCAUCACGGCGCUGCCGCCGUUGGCGUAG